UCAACUCAAGUUACAUUUUAAGCUGGAAAAUACCCUAGGGGAUUUUGUGAAUAUAAAUUUAUACAAUUAAAUAGAAUAAUCUAAUAUAAGUAACAGAAGGAAAGUGAAACAUAUUUUAUUUUUAUUUUGAACAAGAAAGAGAAAUAUUUUGAAGCAAGACGCUUGACCGCCAAUGGCAGCGACACCCAGAAGUGAAGCAGACGCCGAUACGGCCGCCAAUUCAUCAUCCGUACAAUUCGGCACGGCGGAAGCGCUUGAACACGUCCGCAAACUGACGGACGUCGGAGCCAUGACCCGUCUCCUCCACGAAUGCAUUGCCUACCAACGAGCCCUAGAUCUCGAACUUGAAACACUACUUUCCCAACGCUCUGAUUUAGAUCGCCAAUUGUCAAACCUCCACAAAUCCGUCGAAGUUUUGGAGAUUGUCAAGGUUGACUCCUCCUACAUGCUCUCAAACGUCUCCUCCACCUCCGCUCUCGCCGAUCAGGUCUCCGCCAAGGUCCGUCACCUCGAUCUCGCCCAAUCGCGCGUUCAGGACACUCUCCUCCGCAUCGAUGCCAUCGUCGACCGAUCCAACUGCCUCGACGGUGUCCACAAAUCUCUCCUUUCCGAGGACUUCGAAUCAGCCGCAUCAUACAUUCAAACAUUUCUCCAGAUUGACUCCAAGUUCAAAGACUCCUCUGCAUCUGAUCAGCGCGACCAGCUCCUUUCCUAUAAGAAGCAAUUGGAAGGCAUCGCCAAGAAGAAGCUUUCGGCAGCGGUGGAUCAGCGGGAUCAUCCGACCAUUCUCCGCUUUAUUAAGCUCUACACUCCUCUCGGCCUUGAAGAGGAGGGCUUGCAGGUUUAUGUUAGUUACUUAAGAAAAGUCAUUUCCACCCGAACCAGGAUGGAGUUCGAGCAAUUGGUGGAACUCAUGGAGCAGCCAAAUAACCAGAGCCAGGUGAAUUUCGUCACUUGUUUGACUAAUUUAUUUAAAGAUAUUGUCUUGGCUAUUGAGGAAAACAAUGAGAUUUUAAGGAGUUUGUGUGGUGAGGAUGGCAUUGUUUAUGCAAUUUGCGAGUUACAGGAGGAAUGUGAUUCUCGGGGUUCUAAUAUUUUGAAAAAAUUCAUGGAAUAUCGAAAAUUGGCCAAAUUGACUUCUGAAAUUAAUUCGUAUAAGAGCAACUUGCUGUCAGUUGGGGUGGAAGGGCCUGACCCUAGAGAAAUCGAGCUUUAUUUAGAAGAGAUACUUUCAUUGACACAGCUGGGUGAGGAUUACACAGAGUACAUGGUGUCCAAAAUAAGGAGCUUGACAUCUGUGGAUCCAGAAUUAGGCCCACAAGCCACAAAGGCUUUUAGGAGUGGGAAUUUCAGCAAAGUUUCCCAGGACAUCACUGGUUAUUAUGUCAUUUUAGAAGGCUUCUUUAUGGUGGAGAAUGUGAGGAAAGCUAUCCAGAUUGAUGAGCAUGUGUUUGAUAGUCUCACUACAUCCAUGGUUGAUGAUGUUUUUUAUGUUUUGCAAAGUUGCUGUCGAAGGGCAAUUUCUACCUCCAAUAUCAACUCGGUGAUUGCAGUGCUUAGCGGUGCUGUGAGUUUAUUGGGAGGUGAAUUUAACGAGGCAUUGCAGCAGAAUAUGAGGGAGCCUAAUCUUGGAGCAAAGCUUUUUUUGGGUGGUGUUGGAGUGCAGAAGACUGGUACAGAGAUUGCCACGGCCUUGAACAACAUGGAUGUCAGUAGUGAGUAUGCAUUGAAACUGCGCCAUGAGAUUGAAGAGCAAUGCCUAGAGGCAUUCCCUGCACCAGCAGAUAGAGAGAGGGUUAAAUCUUGCUUAUCGGAAUUGAAUGAGAUUAGCAGCAGUUUUAAGAAGGCAUUGGGUGUUGGAAUGGAGCAACUGGUGGGGACUGUGACACCCCGGAUAAGGCCAGUGUUAGACAGCGUGGCAACCAUCAGCUAUGAGCUGUCUGAAGCAGAAUAUGCAGAGAAUGAAGUAAAUGACCCGUGGGUGCAAAGGCUUCUCCAUGGUGUCGAGAGCAAUGUUGCAUGGCUUCAGCCAUUGAUGACAGCAAACAAUUACGACACAUUUGUGCAUCUUGUUAUUGACUUCAUUGUGAAAAGGCUUGAAGUGAUAAUGAUGCAAAAGAGAUUCAGUCAACUUGGUGGUCUUCAGCUUGAUAGAGAUGCGAGGACGUUGGUUAGUCAUUUCUCCAGUAUGACACAGAGGACUGUUAGAGACAAAUUUUCUCGUCUAACACAGAUGGCUACUAUCCUAAACUUGGAAAAAGUGUCUGAGAUAUUGGAUUUCUGGGGGGAAAACUCAGGGCCUAUGACUUGGAGAUUAACUCCUGCUGAGGUCAGAAGAGUAUUGGGUCUCAGGGUGGAUUUCAAACCUGAAGCAAUAGCUGCUCUCAAAUUGUAGUCCUUAUGUGUUGUUGCUUAUCAUUUUUUUUCCCUGUCAUGCCAUUUCUUCUUGCUUUGCAAUUAUAACGUUUAGAUUUUGAGCUAGAGGAGAGAUCAAGUUGCAAGAUAUGUAUGUAUCAAUCAUCUGAAGUUUCGUAGUCUGUGCUUUUCAAUAAACAAGUCCCUUUAGUAUUUGUGUCAUGUGAACGAAAACAGUAGGUCAAUGAAUAAUGUUUAUUGUUGCUUGCUGA